AUGGCUACUCCUAGCAUCACGUUGUAUCUGGACAUUGUCAGUCCGUUCUCCUACAUUGCAUUCCAUGUGCUGAGAAAUUCUCCCGUCUUUUCCCAAUGCAAUAUCACCUAUGUUCCUAUCUUCUUGGGCGGACUGAUGAGCGCCUGUAGCAACACGCCACCCGUCAAGAUCAAGAGUAAGACAAGACAUGAUUUGAACAGCGAGAUGACAUCGGAACUGACAUUGCUGGGCGUCAAUUCAGAUAAGGACAUAUGGAUUAACCAACAACGACUUCGUUGGGCACGCGCAUUCUCUGUUCCCAUGUCGGAGCGUGUUCCCGAGGGCUUUCCGGUGCUCACCCUGACCACGCAGCGGGCGCUCUGUGCCAUUUCCGAGAAGCGCCCAGAUCAACUUGCCCCAGUCAUUGAGGCGCUGUAUCGCGCCUUUUGGUUAGAUAGGGACUCGAAGAUUGGGCAGCCGGAGGGAUUUGGACCCGUGUUGGAGAAGGUGCUUGGGCAAGCCGAAACACAGGAUAUUUUGCAAGCUAUCAAUCAAACGGAGAUCAAAUCCCUUUUGACGUCAAAUACUGACCAAGCGUUUAAGUCGGGGGCAUUUGGCCUCCCCUGGUUUGAAUGCACCAACGCCAAUGGUCAGACUGAGGGAUUCUGGGGCAUUGAUCACCUGGGGCAGGUGGCUGACUUUUUAGACUUGAACCGUCAGGCGGAACAGGGGUUUAGAUCGCUGUUAUGA